UUAACAAAAGUAUGAAGAGUUCAAUGGGCCAAAGAAAUGUCAUUUUGCUACUAACUUUGCUAGUAUUUUUUACUACAAAUGUUAAGUGUCAGCUAACAGAAAAUUUUUAUGCCUCUACAUGCCCUAAUCUCUUUGGCAUUGUGAGAAAUCAGGUUAUGAUUGCUGUUAUGAAUGAAAUGAGGAUGGCGGCUUCUUUACUUCGACUUCAUUUUCAUGAUUGCUUUGUCAAUGGAUGUGAUGCGUCUAUACUGCUAGACGGAAGUGAUAGUGAGAAAUUUGCUUUACCUAACCGGAACUCUGUAAGAGGGUUUGAAGUUGUAGACACUAUCAAAAGUGCAGUGGAGAAUUCAUGUAGCGGAAUUGUGUCUUGUGCUGAUAUAGUAGCAAUCGCAGCCCGUGAUGCUGUAGUCUUGAGUGGAGGAAAGUCAUACAGAGUAUUGCUAGGAAGGAGAGAUGGGAUGGUGGCCAAUCAGACAGGAGCAAACUCAAAUCUUCCAUCUCCAUUUGAUCCCUUGGCCACUGUCAUUGACAAGUUUUCUGUUCAUGGCCUCAAUCUCACUGAUGUAGUGGCCUUACAAGGUGCUCACACAAUAGGAUCAGCAAGAUGUGCUACUUUUAGUGCAAGAUUGUUUAAUUUCUCAGGCACUGGAGCCCCAGAUGCGAGCAUGACCACAAGCCUAGUAAAUAAACUUCAAACCUUGUGCCCUGUCAAUGGCGAUGGGAACCAGACGACUGCCCUCGACCAGAACUCGACAGAUCUUUUCGACAACCAUUACUUCAAAAACUUGAUCAAUAACAGGGGCGUUUUACUGUCAGACCAAGAUUUGUAUUCCAGUAACACAGCAAAUUCAACAACCAAAACCAUCGUCGAGAGUUAUAGCAACGAUCAAACGCUUUUCUUCAACGACUUCAUCAACUCCAUGAUCAAAAUGGGCAAUAUUAAUCCACUUACAGGAUCAAGUGGCCAAAUUAGGACUAAUUGCAGGGCCAUUAACUCAUAAACUUGGCUCGAGAAUCUUGGAUUAGCCUAGUGUUUAAGAGUUUUCUUUUCAUCUUUACUGACAAGAGUUUGAUUCUCACCGCCUAUAAAAAGGAUCAGUUCCCUCUCCGUAGUGCAAUUUGUCGAUGUAUUUAAAUAGAUGCUUGCCAAAUGAAGCUAUAUCAAUAAAUAAAAUGAUUUAAUAGACAUGUUUUCAUA